CAGUCUUGAUUUGACUUGCAGCUAAGCUGGAAUUAAAAUCGUCAUGGCAUUGUUAGCCCGUUUCACGGGAUUAUCUCUAGCUCUGCUGAUAAUGCUGCGAAAUGCGCAACCAAUGCAGGCCCAGGCACACUGGGAAAAUCCACACUGGUCACAUGGCCAAGCGGGUUACGAUCAUGGCGGCUGGGGAUAUAGCGGACCCAUGGAGCGUAGACCAGCCGGCUGGCAGCAGCCCCGCUUUGAUCGACCUUAUGCAAAUGCAGGCUUUGAUAGUCAUUGGCAGCCCCAACAUGGACCUGGAUUUGUGCAGCUACCGCGACAUGGUCAUUUCCAUGAUCAUGAGUGGCCACAUCAUGGGCAGUUUUAUCCACAUGGCAGGCACAUGGAUCCAGGUUCGUUUCCAGGACAAGGAGAGGCUCCACUACAGCCACGUCCGUUUCCAGAACAAGAAGAGCAAGCCCCUGCCAAUCCACUACAGCCGCGUCCUAUUCCAAGCCCAACGGAGAGCACCGAUGCUCAGCAGCAGCCUACGACAGACUAUGUCUAUCCAAAUCCUACGCGACCAUCGACUCCAGUUGAAGAUCAACUUGUGUUUAGCCGUCGCUUGCAGCCAAGACCAGAACCUGAAGUAAUGGAUUACUCAAAGUUCAAUUUUCCACAUCCUGAUGCAACAAAUCCUCAAAUCCUAGACACCAAAGUAGAAGAUCCCACAGCUAUACAGCCACGCCCAAUUCAGGAGCAGCCUGCUGGUCAUCUGGAAGAUUAUACCAUACAGCCACGGCCAGCUGCUGGUAAUGUGCAGCGAAUCAAUGACGCCAUUGCCUCCAUAUUCAGUGACAAGGAGUACUUGUCACCUCAGGUGGUGAGCAGCAGUGAUCCCAAGGCUCAGGCUGGAGGAGGGGCUCAGAUCGAAUACAUCGGGACGCGCAAUCUGUUCGAGACAUCUCCAGUUUGUGCAGAGGGUACGGAGCUGAAAGCAGGUCAUUGUCGCUAUAAGGCUUAAGUUGCAGACUAUUGUAACUGCAAUUGGACUUAUUAUAAACAAAAUUAUUGGUAUUUUAUACAUUGGAAUAAACAACAAAAACUUUAUAACAAUCCUGCAGCUA